AGUGAGCAACCGACAAGGAAGACUUUCCCCUGAAAACCGGCCCAGAAAGAACUAGUUUUUGGCAUCUGCUCAGGACAGAACGCAAAUUGUUCUGAAAGCCAUAGAGGAAAUUCAGUUGCCAUGGCAGAUAAUGUUAUUGAAGAGACCGAUAACUACCCUGGCAAGGAUGAGCUGGAAUGGGGCUAUGAAGAAGGUGUUGAAUGGGGUCUUCUGUUUCCUGAGGCAAAUGGAGAGUACCAGUCCCCCAUAAACCUGAACUCUAGGGAGGCCCGCUAUGACCCGCGGCUGCUGGAGGUGGGGCUUAACCCCAACUAUGUCGUUUGCAGGGACUGUGAAGUCAUUAACGACGGUCACACUGUGAGGAUCAUGCUCAAGUCCAAAUCAGUUGUGACUGGGGGUCCUCUCCCCAGUGACCAUGAGUAUGAAUUGAGUGAGGUGCGCUUCCACUGGGGAAAAGAGAACCAGAGGGGAUCUGAACACACUGUCAACUUCAAGGCUUUUCCUAUGGAGCUUCAUCUAAUCCACUGGAACUCUACAUUAUUCAACAGCGUGGAGGAGGCCAUGGGCAAGAAAAAAGGCAUUCUCAUCAUUGCCUUAUUUGUGCAGGUUGGGAAGGAACAUCUUGGGCUGAAGGCCAUCACAGACGUCCUGCAGGACCUGCAGUACAAGGGAAAGACAAAAAUAAUUCCAUGUUUUAACCCCAACACAUUACUGCCUGAUCCUCUCUUAAGAGAUUACUGGGUGUAUAAGGGCUCUUUAACCACACCACCCUGUAGUGAGAACGUCAUCUGGAUUCUUUACCGUUACCCCCUUACCAUCUCUCAGAUGCAGAUUGAGGAGUUUCGUCGUCUUAGGUCCCAUAUUAAAGGAGCAGAGAUUCAAGAAGGCAAUGACGGGAUGCUGGGGGACAACUUCAGACCCACCCAGCCCCUGAGCGACAGGGUGGUCAGGGCAGCCUUCCAGUAAAACCCCCACAGCAGGAUCCAUUUUAAUCUGCCAUGGGUAAAUUUAAAGGAGAUUGUAUUCUGUUCUUUGUUUAUUCCAGCGGAGCACCCUCAUUUGAGCAUAAUGCCAUGGCUUACGUAUGACUUUGGCUGCUCUUUGUAAAGGAGGAGUUAGAUUUGGCUCCUCACAUUAGCUGAUUAAAUGUCUCAUUGUCUGGAUUGGGGCAAGAGCCCACCUGGAUUUUAGUGCAAAACUGUUAUUACUUCCAAAAUGAUAGAAAACAGAAAAUGAAUCUCCAUAUGACCAUAAUUCUGACCAAUAACUGUACAAAAGCUCAUGCUUAGUGUGCAUUAAUUUAAUGGAAAUAGGCCAAGUUCUCUUAGCAGUAUUAGCAUCACUAUACAAUAGAGUGCUGCAAGGUUAGAGCAAUACAGUAACCCAAUUCCUACUGAUCUAGGACUUUCUGCAGCAUUGUGUAUAGAUCUGUCUAUUUCUAGGGCUCCCAAGGGCACACCUGGGUCUGCCUGCAUAUUAUUCAUUUUGAAAUGAGAUUUUGAGCAGGAUAAAUUAGGCCAUGAUGAUGCAGUGCUACUAAAAGAGGCUGAAGAUGUAACCCGAGUAAUCUAAAGUAUUACUUUGGCAAUACUGUGCUUCUAUACUACACUUCUGUAAAAAAAGAUUU